GAAGAUCCUGGCGGAACAUUUUUCAAUUUCUCUCUCAUUUUUCUUUCUUUCUAUCUACCUCGGCUUGCCAUAGAGACAUGGCAGGACUCACACCCCCGUUAAGCGUUCGCAGAUCAUUGGUGUCAACAUGCCCAAGAAAGGGAACCGAAAACGGCUGAAAUUUAGGGCUGGGGACGUUUGUUCGGAAUCAGUGACCGUUGCUGAUUAUGCUGAUGCCGACCCAGCCGUUGUGAAAUCGGGGAGGGUGAAAAAGGCUGUUGCAAAUGCAGUUGCAAAAGAAGUAAAAUUACUCUGUGGGCUGGAAGCAUCUCAGGGUGCUGUAGAGGAAGUCCUCUCGUCUGCAGUGAGUGUCCAAACAGACGCUUUGGACAGCAGUGAUGACCUGGAUCCCGAGGAAGAUGGAGAAAAUGAAACUAAAGUGGCCCGCAAGAAGAAAAACAAAAGGAGAAAGGAGAGCAGUGAGAGCAGCGAUGGAGGGGAGUAUCCAGUGGAUAUUUGGUUAGUGCUCUCCUCCUAUAUUCGGCCUGAGGAUGUGUGCAGAUUUGCUCUAAUCUGUAGGAAUGCCUGGACAGUCACUUGCACCGCAGCUUUUUGGAGCAGGCUCUACAGAAGACACUAUAGGAUUGAUGUUGAUCUGCCGUUUCGUCUGCAGCCUGACACUAUUCACAUGAUGCGCUGUCUACGGGCCCGUGUCAUUCGCUCCCUUUUCCAUUUGUAUGAGCCGUUCAGCUUGCGUGUCUCAAAAAUCCCUGCCCUGCCAGAAUCAACACCCACAACCUUGCUCAACUCUAAGUGUUUACUGUUCUGGGUCAAGAGGGUGUCAGGGACUCGACCAGAUGCAUUGUGGGAGUUCAACUUCAAGUUUAUAAAACAGCAAGUACACAGUAAGAAUGGUUGUGCCAAGUCCUUGCACUUUCCCAGACAAUAUGAAGACGUCCACACAAACCCGGACUCUGACUGCUAUGUGCUUCAGGUCACUACACUCAACUUCAUCUUCACCCCUGUGGUCAUGGGCAUGACACUGACCCUGUUCACAAUCAACGUCAGCACAGACAUGCGCCACCACCGCGUUCGUCUGAUGUUCCAGGACGCGCCGCUCCGUCGGGGGAAGAAGAGGGGGGAUCAGGGCGGGACCCAGGUGGUGUUGGAUCCAGUACACAGUGUGAGGCUCAUGGACUGGUGGCAUCCACAAUACCCCUAUGUACCCUCUACAUAGGAGUCCUGCCCUCUUGGUUCCUGCUGCAGCAGAUUCUCAUUCCAAGAACCCUGCUGUUAAUUCCAUCCCUCUCACCAAACAGAAAAAUGAUCUUGAUGGUGUUAUUUGGUUCUUCCUACAUUGGCAUCGGACAUAAAUUGUUUACUGCAGAAUCGUACAAUAUGAGCAUUAUUCCUCAGCACACUGUGCUUGUUAUCUGUUUAUACAAAUCUGCUGAUGUCCAAAUAGUUACAGUUGCAGUCCCUCUUCUCUUUCAACACUCCUCAGCGCUACCAGUUCCUGAGUCUUUCUGAAAACAAUGAGGUGUAGGGCUGGGUAACAUAGAAAAGUAAUAAACAUCAUGAUAACCAAGAUCAUCAUCUAAAAUCAGUGCUUGUUUUGAUGUGAUAAUAUAUUAAAAACCACAUCAGAUUGUCUAGGAAAUCAGUGAGAUCCUUCAGAUCGUUCUGGGAGAAAUCGAACUUAAAAUUGUUAAAAUUGCACAAAAGUGUUUCACAGUAUAGAAAAUACUGUGACAUGAUUACAGCUAUGGUUGAUAUCUAUAUUACCCGGCCCUAAACACAUGGCAGAGAGUAAUGUGUAUUUGUCUCUACUGGUUGCAUAAAAUAUUUUUAAAAAAUCCAUCAUUCAUCAACACAUACAACAUAGUUGCAUGUUGGACCUACGUGUGUGACACAUUUUGUAGAAGAGAACUCAAGGAUCAACAGGGUGGAACAUUUUCACUGCCCUCUCAGUCUCUUUUAUGUUCACUUGAAAGUUGUAAAAUAUCUUGAUUUUUGCAUUGAUUUGAAUUUUGACAAUGUUGCACCAACAUAGUUGUAUUACUCGUUUUUUAAAACCAUAUUUUUUUCUGGAUGUAUUUAAUUCAUGGCAGCCUCACUUAGUAUUAUGUGAAUUAAUGACACUGUUCUACAAUGAAGGGGCCAAAGAGAUGAUUUACUUCAGACGUCACCCACUCAUCUGCUGAUUUGGGCAGUGUUUCUUUUCUUUUAAGUGUUUCAUGGCUAAAAACAUCUUGAUUGUCUCCUUGCUGAUUAUGUGAGCCAUGCCCCCUACUGCCAUCUCUGGAAUCUCAGUCUCAACUUUGAAUGACUCUAAGAGUUUAAAGUGGUCUGUCUUGUGCGUAUUAAAUGUGAGUAGGAUCAUAACAGUCACAUACUUGAUUGAGUGCUAUGGAGGGAAAGAGAGCUAUCACUUACAUUGUUUUAUCGACCAGUUAAAAUCAUUUCACUUGGAUUGAUUUGCACAUACAGAGAUAUAUAUUGUGAAGGGAAAAAAAUCAUUAGAUUAGCCCUUUGCAAUUUACACUUGUAGAAGUAAAACGAUAGCUGAUGGCAGGACCCCAUAGCAUAAGACAUUUGGAUGUUUUGGUUAGCAACAGUUGAUUGUUUUAGUGGGUGGUCUAGUUUUAUCAGAUGAGAGUUUCCUCGUAUAGACAAACUUACUGCACUGAAAUUAAAACUCAAACUGCCCAUGAUAAAUGCCUCCAGUCUUCUCUAAUAAAAUGUUGAUUU